CAAUGCGGGACUCUUAGUUUGAAUCUCGCUUAUGUUGUUGCUGAUUCUCCACGCUGAGCUACUGCACCGGGAAAAUGUCUCGAGUUUACGUGGGAAAAUUAAGCUAUCGCGCCAGAGAGAAAGAUGUCGAAAGGUUUUUUAAAGGCUAUGGGAAGAUACUGGAAGUGGACCUGAAAAACGGAUAUGGGUUUGUGGAGUUUGAUGACCCUCGUGAUGCAGAUGAUGCUGUGUGUGAUCUGAAUGGCAAAGACCUUUGUGGAAAGAGAGUGAUCGUGGAGCACACCAUAGGACAGCGGCGUGAUGGUGGCAGCAGAUCUGGAAGAAGUAGUCGAUAUGGCCGUGGAGGAGGGGACAGGUACGGCCCACCGACUCGCACAGAUUACAGGCUGAUUGUGGAAAAUCUCUCCAGUCGUUGCAGCUGGCAGGACCUGAAGGACUACAUGCGUCAGGCUGGUGAGGUGACCUAUGCUGACACUAACAAGGGCCGCAAGAAUGAGGGAGUCAUUGAGUUCAGGCAAUAUUCAGACAUGAAAAGAGCCCUGGAGAAACUGGACGGUACUGAGGUCAACGGAAGGAAGAUUCGGCUCAUUGAGGACCGGCCUGGUGCCAGACGCCGCCGCUCCUACUCGCGCAGCCCCUCCAGGUCUCGCUCCAGGAGCAGGAGGUCUCGCAGGAGCCGAAGCCACAGCCGAACCAGUAGCCGUUCAAGAGCCUCAGGCUCGCGAUCACGCAGCAGGUCAACCAGCAAGAAGGCGAAGGGCAGGAGCAGUAGGAUGGAGGAGAGCAGUAAUGGAGCUCGCAGGGGAGGUGAAAGCGCCAGGGAUAAUAGCACGAGCUGCAGCCCCCCGAGCAAAAAGAGCAAACGGGAGAACAAGAGGGCUCGCUCCUAUUCUCGAUCCAGAUCCCGAUCCAGGUCCAGAUCUCGAUCCAAAUCGGGAAACGACAGGGAUCUCUCCAGAGAGUCUGGGUCCAAAUCUCAGGAGGCAAACAAGAGCAGCGAUGAAGGCCGGGCGGCUGAACGGGCGCACCGCUCCAGAGCUCAUUCUCGAUCCAGAUCACAAACGCCACCAGAUGCUGAUCUGCGAAGGGAAUCUAGAUCUAGAUCCAGAUCCAGAUCCAAAUCUCGCUCACGUUCACGCUCGAGAUCUUAUUCUCGAUCUCGAUCCCGCUCAAGGUCCCGGUCCUAAGUUAAAAAAAAAAAAAAAAAAAAAAUUUUUUUUUUUUUUUUCCCCUUUCUUUUCCAGUCUAACUGAACAUCUUUAAACAAGAAUAUAUCUUGAAUUUAAUGUUUGUUUGUUUUUACCCUACUGUCAAUUUUUGUCACUAAAUAGUUUUUUUUUCUAUAAACAGGAGACACUUUGUGGAGGUGGAGUAAAAAAAAAUAAACCAAAUUCAAGAUAUAUUGUCUAAAAACAAGAAAAGCAAAAUGGUGUGUCUUGUUUUUAAAUAUUUUUCUUGAAAAUGAGACGGAAAUAGACUGAAAAUUGUUUUGCAGUCAGUGUCUAAAUGUUGUUCUGCCCUUCAUUUCCCUUUGCAGCAAACUACAUUUGUUUUUAGUUUUUUAAUCCUUUUUUUUUUUUUUU